AUGACGUCGAAAUCAAAAAAGUUACUUAAGGUUAUCGACGGACUUCGUGCUUGGAACUUAGCUGCCUCUGUUUCUGGAAAUAGUCAUAAAUCUGGAUUAGAUAUCAAGGAAAUAUUAAAAAGUGAUCACUUUCAACUGGGCACUAUCGUAAAGCAUGGAUUCCCCUAUCAGCCUUCAUGCAUGGCAUUUGAUCCUGUUCAACGGAUUCUUGCUAUUGGAACUAAGAAUGGAUGUAUAAAAUUAUUGGGAAGACCUGGUGUCGAAUUUCAUCUUGAGCAUCCUAACCCUGCAGCUGUCCUUCAGCUAAUCUUUCUCGUUAAUGAAGGCGGAUUGAUAUCCAUCUGUGCAGAUGAUGUCGUCCACCUUUGGAAUAUCCGUCAAAAACCUCCUGAUAUCGUACAUUCUCUACAAUUCAAACGUGAAACGUGA